AUACGGAAGUUAGUUCCACCGAACGAUUUCAGUUGUUCUUGACUUUUUGACAACGCCUGUCGUUGUUACUAUUUUAAUCAUACUUUACAUCUGUAAACAAGAUCACGUAAUAAACAGCGUGUUUUGAAAUUGAAGAAGUAUUUAAGAAUGUGGCAAGUUUUCGCGGAGGGAUCCAUAUGCUGCCGCCAGCUCUGGCGUGGAGCGUAAUUCGAAUCGCUCUCUGCUCGGCUUUAGUCGUGUUUUUCCUUUUUCUUUUUCUUUUUUUUGUAGGAACACAUAUUGAGAUGUGAAUGGUCUUUUAAAUACACCAUCGUCUGUAUAUCUUUUUAUAUACCUAUUUUAACAGCAGAAACCCUUGUUAUUUAUUACAUUUAGAAGAUGGCUGCCACAGAGAUGAACACAGCUGGCACUGAGGGAGAUCAGAAGGAGAAUUUGUUGUCACCCUCAGAGGAGGACACUGUUUUAAAUGACACCGCAGCCCCCCUUAAUUUCUCUGAGCUCACACCUUGUCAGUUUGGGAUCUCUAUCCAGAGUUUUACCCCAGCAGCAUCAUCAAACCGCAAAGAUAAGUCCCGUCUAGCACAAAUAAAGGCACGGCGGCGGUCCAACAUAGGUGUCCGGGGCUCCCCGGAGACAAACUCCCUCAUCCGCUUCAUGGCACAACAGAGGAUGAAGACUCCGCCAACCCACCAAACUCCAGAGCAUGUAAGAAGUAGCCCCUUCCUUCCCCGGGUCGCUUCCACACUGAGGCAGAAGAUGGCCUCCUUCCAGAGCCUGAUGGAUGUGGAGGAGAGUGAGGUCUGUGAUCCGAUGCCAAGGCAGGACAGCAACACUGGAGGAUGCAUCAAGACAAGAGAUUAUCUGUCUGAUGGAAACAGUAUCGAUGGAGGCAAAGAGAACCACCCACCAAUGAUGACACCCACACCCAAAAAGAGGAGGCGCCUUGGCCCCCUCGAAAGCUGCGAGGUGGAGAUUAGAGAGGCCAGAACUCCUGCCCUCCACUUCAGUUUAAAGGAGCAGGAGGAGGAUGAAGAACUGGUGACACAGGUUACAACAGAAGGACCACUGCCAUCCAGUGAGACGGUGGAAGAGACCCAGGCUGUGCUUAUUUCCCCUCCUCUACAUGUUGACUUUGAGCUUCAGGCCUGUUCCCCUACUAAGAACCAACAGGAUGGUGUCUUUGAACUCCAAAGCCCCAGCCGACCACAGCUUGCUGAUCCUGUAGCAGCUUCACUAGCUCUCCCUGCCUCGCCCCUCCCCAUCCCCUCUCUCCCUUCUCUGCUGGACCUGAAGCCCACAGGAGACGAUGAGUCCACUGGGAUGUCUGCAGUUAAGAAGAAAAAGAAGGUGCGCUUUGGAGGUCCGCUCUCUCCUGAAUUCUUUGAUAAGAACUUGCCCCCCAGCACCCCGUUACAGAAGGGGGGCACACCGGCUCGAGCACCCACACCAGGCGGGGGUUUACAGCUGCGCUCGGUGCUGAAGACACCGCAGAGGAGUGAAUCCCAGACACCACAAGCUCAGCCAGACCACCUCAGCCCUACUGUGUUUGGUGCCUCCCCUACGCUUGCCAUGCCUCGCAACCGCAGAAUGCAGUCUAUGGGAGAGGAUAGUGAGGAGAAGGAUGGAAAGAUUGUUUUCCCCCCAAUGGAGGAGAUUGACUCUGCAGUGACAAUUGAUACAGAAUAUACGUGGGACUCCCAGCCUUUGGAUUUAAACACUGCUUUCCACAAGGAGGCUCUCUCUCAGAUAGUGACAGAGUCUGAGACUAAGCCCAACACAACCUCCAAGAAGGAUGCCCUGGAUGAGCCUGCAUCCUUGCCAGAGAAGGAGAAGCAACCUGAAGCAGGUGUUGAAGCUCCAGCUCCAGUCAGACCUAACUAUAAAAGGCAAAAGCCAGAACCAGCCUGUGAAUCCACCACAAAGGCCUCAGCUCGCUCCAGCAGUCGAAAAAGAAAGCAACCAGAGGAGAGGGAACCAGCGAAGAGGUCGACACGCUCUGCUGCCAAGUCGGCCUCUGGGAAGAUGAAGAUGACCUCCACAGUAACACGUCGGUGGAACAAAGACGUGGACCACUCCCUGUAUGGCUCUCGGGAAUAUGCCUCCAAGAACCCCACUCUGAGUCCCAUCACUGAGAGGUUGUCCUUCAUCAGUCAGUCUCCAGCAGUGCAGGAGACUCCCUCGACGAGCUUUACAGGACCUGCAGCCCCAAAUCCAGAGCCCCAUUUGAAUCCUGAGAUGGCUAACGCCAGUCAAGUGACGGGUGACCUCACUGUGACACACGCCUUGGAAAAUCCUUCAGAAGUUUCUGUCUCAACUCCCAGCUCCAGUAAAGGAAGCAUCAGAGUGAAGGGCAGGAGGCUGUCAGGGCGAAGGGUCAGAGGGAGAGGACUGAAGAAAAGCAAGGUCGGUGUUACUGAUUGUGGCCUGCUCAGCGAGGAGACUCAGGACCUGACUGGAGGAAAGACAGAGGAGCACUGGGAAGACCAAACCACUACAAAUCUUGAUGCAAGGGAAACCCCACUGAACCACACUGUACCUAAAGAGGGAGAAGCUGAUAUUGAACUUGGCACCCAGACUUCUGCAGAUACACUCAGCAAAGACUCCGGUGGAAAAUCAAAAUGUCACGCUGAUCUAAAUGUCUGCCCACAUCCAGGUGAGGAACUCAUCUCCACUUUGAGUCAGCCAGCAGAGCCAGCACAAAGAAAAGCCAAGCAGGGCAGGAGGAGCUCAGUCCUACAGGAGCAGGGGGACCAGGAAAUGGAACACCCAACAAGCCAUGAAGUGGAGGAGAAAGGUCAGGGAGACCAAGCAGAGAGCCAGCAUGAAAACAGCAGCUCAAGCUCUGACAGCCAGGAAGAUGGGGGAGUAGCUAAUUUGGACCUGGCCCCCUGGCAGGCUGACUUUAAUUUCGAGGAUGUAUUCAAACCUGUGGCCAGUAGAGGGCAACGCUCUGUACGCCGCAGCCUGAGGAACCAGAGCAACGUAGCGUGCAGCAGCAACAGUGCAGGUCUCGCCUGGCUGCCUCGGACCUCCCCUGACUCUGGUAAAGAAGCCCGCAGGAGGACCCGGGGCCGACAGCUCAGUGCUGCUCUACCUGUCCAACCUCUGGUCCCUGAGGAGACACAAGACAACGCUUCAUGAGACUUCAGAUUGAUCACAUGGGACACUGCCUGCUUAUUUGAAUGAACUAAGAUUAAAGUGGGAGAACUAAUACAUUCAUUACACUGUCAUACGUACCUAACCACCCUGUUUUUAAAAUUAAAUGGAAUUUACCAAAGAAGGGGGUGAUUGUUCUAUAUUAGCUAAAACCUUUAUUCUUUUGUUCUGUGUGAAUUAUUAGAGCUGACCAGCAAUUUGUAGCCAGAUUCCCACUGGUAUCCAAGCCGGUCAAUACACUGAGAGUCCAGUUAUGUCUGCCGACCACCUCCUAAUCAAUAUCCAACCACUCAGCUGGUAAUCACAGUGCGUCUUCAGUCUCCCUCUCCUAAGUCACUAGAUCCGAGCAUCUCCAAGUCAAUAUCUACUCUUUGUGGAUAGAUGAAGAUGGCUGUGCUGCAUUCACUAUCUGUCUGGCAAGGCUUUGGGCUGGGGGCUGGAGUAAUGGAAAAGUAAUGGAGGGAGAGAAUGAGCCUUACACACAGAAAUCAAAUUAAUAAGACUCAAAUAAUUGUGUUUAUUUGUGGCUGCUGGAGUGCUUCAGACUGUUGACAUAGCGGAUGAUGUCCAGAAGACGUCUCUCAUUGCAGCAUCUGAGCUUUUAAUGGAUGGUUCUAAUAUUCUGUCAAUAAUUAAUAGUGAUAGCUGGUCAAAUUGAAAUUGUCUUGUACAUUACAUCAAAUUAAAAAUAAGUUGUUCUCAAAACGUUUCCUGAAAUGUCAAAGUGUACCUUGCUAGACUCUGAUAAAAUGCUUUGGUUGUAUGUGAAGACAUCCCAUUAUACCAAACUCUGUUCAUUUAAACAGCUGAUUAAGACUCAUUUGGAAGGAAUUCAUCCAGAUAAUAAAACAGCCUCUAUCUCCACAAA